AUGCAAUGGCUUGCAUUCCACGACACCUUCCUGGCGCUCAUUCACUCUAAUCCGGAUGUGCCGGAUAUACAGAAAUUCCACUAUCUGCGAGCAGCUGUUAAGGGGGAAGCUGCUCAACUGAUCGAAUCCAUUGGUAUUAGUUCGGCAAACUACAAUUUGGCUUGGAUGACGUUGGAGAAUCGGUAUUCCAACGACUACCUUCUGAAGAAGCGACACCUACAGGCACUCUUCGACGUCCCAUGUAUGAAGAGGGAGUCCGCUGCGUCGCUGCAUAGUUUGGUGGACGAGUUCGAGCGGCAUACGAAGAUUCUACGUCAAUUGGGAGAGCCAACUGAUUCGUGGAGCACCAUUUUGGAACAUUUGCUGUGCACCCGUCUACACAAUGACACAAUUAAGGCUUGGGAGGACCAUGCAUCCACGGUGAAUGACCCGAACUACGGUUGUCUCAUCGAUUUUCUUCAACGACGAACGCGAGUUUUGGAAUCUAUAUCCGUAAACCAUCAUGUAUCGGAAUCGGCCUCGAAUUCUACGGUUUCGACUCAUCCCCAAAGGAAGAAAAAUUACCAUUCCCAGCUCCGGUUUUCUUCGUGUGCAACGAUUACGAACAUUGAGGAAAAAUGCAUCGUUUGUGGUCAGUCACAUCUUGUGAUAAGGUGCCCGAAGUUCAAUCGUCUUUCGCAGAACGAGCGCCAACAGCUUCUGAGCUCGAAGCGCUUGUGCCACAAUUGUUUGAAGGGGGACCACUUCGUUCGUAACUGUUCAUCUACCUUCACGUGCCGAAGAUGCAACAAACGGCAUCACACGCUUCUUCACCCUGAACAUUCCGUAAGCACACGAAGAACCACCAAUCAUAGCCCGUUACCUUGUCCGGCGGUACCCAUUUCCUCUGCCGCGCCUAAUGUUCCACCUACUGUAGAACCGCCUACGCAAUCAUUGGUUGCUGCAUCAGUACCAGUCCCAGUUAACGAAAUCAGUACCGCUCUACAACACCCUCGGGAAAAUGUGUUCCUGCUCACCGUUAUUGUAAAGAUCACCGACGCUUAUGGUAUAGAUCAUCUUGUUCGCGCACUUCUGGAUAGUGCCUCACAGCCAAACUUAAUCUCGGAUCGGAUGGCGAAGAUUCAACGCUUGUGGAGGUUGAUGUAA